AUUCCCGCUGUUUUUCCCCCAUUCCCGCAGUUCCCCCAUGGCGAUCCCGUCUCCCUGAGCCCCGCGAUGCCCCGCGCCCCUCGGGCUGCGGCGCCGGGGUGGUCGCUCCUCCUUCCUCCCCCUCCUCCUCCUCCUCCUCCUCCUCCUCCCGCUCCUCGGAGCCGCUCCGGCCGCUGAUCCCGCUCCGAGCCGAGCCGAGCCGAUUCCCGGGAUAAAAUAAACCCAGAUCCACAGGGAUGGAGCGGGAAUGGCCGCGGGGCAAAGCGCGGCUGCCCUCGCUGCUGCUGGCGCUGCUGGGGCUCGGCCCAGAGCUGCUCUUCGGGCAGUCGCGGGCCCCUCCCCGCCAGGUGAACGGCAUCCUGGGCGGCUCCGUGCUGCUGUCGCCGUCGCUGCUGCCCAACCAGACGGUGAAGGAGAUCGAGUGGAGCUUCUCGGGCGGCUCCGGCGCCACCAUCCAGGUGGCCGAGGUGGGCCCGGCGGGGCUGGAGCGCCCGGACCCGCGCGACCGCUUCGGGCGGCGCCUGGAGCUGGUGAACGGCACCGCGCUGCGGCUGCGGGCGCUGCAGAGCGGCGACAGCGGCGUCUUCGGGGCCCGCAUCAAACUGCAGCCGGCCCUGGUGGAUGACCAGACCUUCAACCUGUCCGUCUACGAGGCCGUGCCCAGCCCCCGGACGCGCAGCCAGCUCCUGGCCAGCACCCUGGAGUGGUGCAACCUGACCCUGCAGUGCCAGGGCAGCGGGCGCGGCGCCGUCAAUGUCACCUGGCGGCGCGACAGCCUCACCUGGGGCCAGCUGGGGCCCGGGCGCCACCAGCUGUCCCCCGACGGCACCACCCUGAGGCUGGCGCUGCCGCCCGCCGCCACCAACGCCACCUACGCCUGCACCGUCAGCAACCCCGCCGACCACAAGGUCGCCCUGUUCGACCUGCAGAGCCUGUGCCAGGGCGGAGGGGGUCCCUCAGCCUUCUCCACCUCGGGCUAUGUGGUUCUGUCUCUCAUCCUGGUGGCCGUGAGCCUGGGCGGCGCCUUCUGGUGCUGGAGGGUCAACAGCGAGAAGGCGGCCGAGGCAGCCGCCACGCCCACGGCGCCGCCCGAGGAGAGCCCCGGGGAGCCGCAGUUCAGCGACAUCGUCUGCAGGAGCCCCCCCGAGGGCAACGACCAGGGCCCCAGCCCCCCCGAGGCCCCGCAGGAACCCAGCGAACCCCAAAAACCCCAGCCCGAGGCCCCGCAGGAACCCAGCGAACCCCAAAAACCCCAGCCCGAGGCCCCGAAAUCGCCCCCGGGGGGCGGCGAGCAGAAAGGGCCCGAGGACACGGCCGAGGAGGUGACAUAGGCCAGGGCCCCGCAGCGCCGGGACCCCUGGAAGGGCUGUGAGCGUCGUGUGCCAAACCCCGACCCCAAAGAACCCCACAGCCGGACGGAUUUCCCCGUUUCUGACCCCAAAACCCUCGGGGCUGACCCCAAUUCCCUGCCUGGGGCUGUGCUGGG